UAGAUGGGAUCACUUCGGCCAUGUUGUGCGUCUCAUUGACACUAUUGACAGCUCUUGUUGUUUGGUUUAGUUGUGAACUUAAAAAAUAUAUUUUAUAAAUUGUUUUGAACUUAUUUUUGCAGUGAUUUUAUAGUGACAAUAGUAUGCCGUCGUGUGCGUUCCCGUCGUGUAAUUAUAACGCUCGAAUGAAUAAAGAAAACUCAACCAAAAUCUCCUUACAUUGUUUUCCUAAAGAUGUUAAAAGGAGAAAGGCCUGGAUACAGUUUGUAAAUAAAGAGAACUGGGAACCAAGCAAAGGAAGCAGAUUAUGUACAAAACAUUUUGCUGAGAGGGAUGUAGAUCGGACUUCCUUAGCUUAUCCUAUUCGUUUGCGAGAAAAUGCAAUCCCUACAAUUGGUGAAUCUCAGGUGCUACAAAUGCAGGAGAAUGCAAAAGUAAGACCGAUUCUGGAAUAUGCUGGUGGAACGUGGUAUCUUGAUUUGAUUCGAGACAAAACUUUGUUGGAAAGCGUUCAAAGAAAAUCCACUUGAAUUUCAUUGGAACUGAGAAGACCCCCCUAUGCAGAGAGACUUAAGUAUGACCAACCUAACUUCUUUUGAACUUUACCGACAACGUGGAGACUUAAUUAUCACAUUUAAAAGAUUAAAAUUCAAUUUCGGAAAUCUCAACCAAAUGUUUACCAUAAAUCAAGAUGAAUGCCUCAGAGGUUACCAGUUUAAACUUAAAAAAGAGAACUUCUCUACAAGAUCAAGACAGAACUUUCCACUAAAUAGAUUUUUCGUGAGCUGGAAUAACCUUAGUGAUAACAUUGUCUCGGCCUCUUCUACCAACACGUUUAAAAGUAAAGUAGACCAUUUUCUAUAACAGUCGAAAUAUUGUUUUUUAUUUCAACCGAAUUGUAUUUUUUUUUUGGUUUU